AGUAGAAAAUAUAAAGGGAAUGAAACUUGAGGUGCAGAAAGAGAGGACAAGAAUGGCCGCACCAAGUAAUGACACCGGCGGUGGCUCCAAGAGGGGCAAGGGAGCUUAUUACAGUGCCAAUAUCGAGAAGGAGCUGGCCACCAAAAAAAUUAGCCAUCUGAAAGUAGAGUUUGAUGCACAAACUGGAAAAGCUAUUCAAAGGUAUGGCAAGUGGUUCAAUAAUUCCAUGGCUCGUUAUAUGCGUGACAUCGUACCCCCAACUACACUAGCUUGGGAACAAGUAACGCCAGCUAAUAUCCAAGUAUCUAACUAAUUGGCGCCACACGAUGAAGAAACACUAGGUUGAGGUUGGAGGAGAGGUGGAUAACGAGAGAGUGAAGUCAAAACCUUUUGGGUCGAUUACUUCUUCUGAUUGGGCAAUUCUAUGCGAUUUUUGGGCUUCUGAUUCUUAGCAGGUAUGCCUUAGUUUUUACAUUAAUGUUUAAUUAUAAAAUUACAAUCUAGAUUAAUGAGUACUAUUUUCUGUUUGAAGCGUAUAUCGAAGAGAAAUAAAGAAGCUCGAGCAAAAAUGACCAUACCAGGAGGACACGGUGCCAAAUCCAUCGUUGCCCAUGUUUAUGAUCACAUGGACUCGUCUACUGGCCAGCUUCCGAGCAUGAUCGACACAUUCGAGCACCUCCACAAGAAGAAGGAUAAGUGGAUUAGCAAUGAAGCGGCGACAAAACAAACUGAGAUGACCGAGCAUCGAGCAUCGCAGAGUACGACCCCUGUAUCAUCUGCUGCCUCUUGUGUCGGCGAUAAUGUCGACGGUCAAUUCCCGCCUGAUAUGGAUAUUGUCACGGAUGUCCUUGGACCCCGUUCACGUUAUAAGAAAGGGUUUGGGGGUUGCCUAGGUUGAGGCAAAUUGGCGCAAAGAGGGCAACAUCUUCGUCAACUUCUCAAAUGUCCGGGCAAUUGCCACCUGAAGUGGACACCAUUUUGCAGUAAACUCAGGACAUUAUGCUGUAAAAUCAGAACCUAAAGAAGUAUACGAAUAUACUUGAGAGUCGUCAACGGCGUCAAGAUGUACUGCUCAGUGCUUUGUUGAAGCAAGUUGGUGUAUUGGCUCCUGGUUUUACUGUCGGCUUACCAGAAGAGGAUCCGGACGAGGAUGAUGAUGCUCACGGGGGCGGGGAUGAUGAGGAGGGCAGUACACAUUUGUAGAACUUUUUAAUUUAUUUAUUUAAAGUCUAAUUGAUUAGAGAUUUAAUUUACUAAACUACUUUUAUAUUUUCAUAUUUGGUAGAGACAAUAAACUUUAAUAGUUAUAAAUUUUAUUUAUUUAUUUAUAAAA